CAUGAAAGGCAGGAACGCAUCAAGACGCAACGCAACACACACUCCCUGAGUCUCUAGCGACUGCCAUUAUUGCUUGUCGUUGGAAAAUCCCAUUGCGUUUCGCCACCACUGUCGCUGGCCUGCCUGCUCCAUCAUCGCAGCCAUUGCCUUGACCGUGUCGACUUCUCUCAGUAGGCCUAGUUGGCAUGCAAAAGAGGGCUCAAUCUUGCCUAUGGUCUCGUCCAUGGCCUCGACAGGUGCUGCAAGUUGGUAGUCCUUGUACCUGAGAUGAUGCACUGUGUCGACCCAGCCCUGGACGUUGGGCUUAUGCUCUCCACAGACAUACAUCACCCCUGGAAUACCACCUGAGCGCAAAAGGGCAAAACAUUGGUGCUUUUCACGACGACAAUCAAGUGGCCAAGACACUCUAUUAGACGACGAUGCUUUGGUCAUCAAAAACCACCCUCUAGGCCCAGGCAUCGAGCCAGGUGGCUUUCAGCUUAAGAUUCUGGCUAAAGCUUCACCCCACUGAACUGGGAGCCUCUCCGGAAAAAACGGCACACACAGACGGCGCACACGUUCCGCGGUUGCAGCAGCCAAGACCUCGAAGUGGCAUGGAGUACGGAGUACAUGGGGUCCAUGGAGGGUUGACUCGUGGAGGUUCUGGGGGCCUGGACACUGGACAUUGGCCCCUAGGCCGAGGGGCCGAGGGCCCCAGUGCCCCCGUGCCCCUGGACGACCCUCUGCCUCUAAGUACCCAUAGGCACACCAAAAUAACAACAUGGACAAGCCCAGGCGGCUAUACGGAAUGCUGGACAUUCGCCUCGAAGGCUCAGGGUACGAAUGUACGACAAUCAAUGAUGGACUUCCACUUCCCCGCACUAAAGAAUCGAGAACAGUGGGAGCAUCAGCCAUCCACCCCGAGGCCCCAUCGCGGCCUGGUGCCAUUAACUCAAAGGCUCAUACUCCGUACUCUCUGAAGCGAUCGACCUCCUCCCCAGCGGGUAAUUAACAGUGAAACGGUGGUAUCAUGCUGGCACAGAAUCGCCUCGAUCGAAGCACAACACUGCUUGAUCAUUAUUCCUGCCAUUAAUAUUCCAUGCAGUCUUAUAAUACCCACGUCAGUCGGCAGAAGAAAAAGCCCGAAGAACCUCAGAUGGACAUGGCAACAGCAAUCGUCAAUACGCUCUCCACACCGCGAGCCUCGGUAAAUGUCAAAUCAUUGUAUGAAGGAUCACAUCCCUCCCAUUAUGGUUGGCUGGCGGAUCAACGUUCCAAAGUGUUUUCAAGAUCCAAUGCAUCACUAUAUCCACUCAUUGCUUAGCUGGUGGACUUGUCCAUGUCCUUACCGUUACAAAUCCAUUUCUUCAAUUUUCGACUCCUUGAUUCACACUGACCUUUUUCUACGACCCGAGGCCCCUAUACCAAUGGUUUCGGCACCGUUGCGAACUUCAAACUCACCUCUCAGGACUCUGUUCUGUCCUUGUCGUCGCUCUUAUCUCAAUCACGACGAGUUCGCGGCACUAGCUACACUCGCCUCUUGACACCUCCGUCAAGUCCAUUGUGCUUAAGGGUCGCCAUGUCCAGACCUCACCAUGACUACAAGUCGAAUCAGGAUGUCGAAAAUGAUUCAACGCAUCCUCCCCUUCCUGACGCACCUACAGAAGAAAAAGAGUCGGUUGGUGCGAGUCAAGUUCCCAUCCAGCCGCCGACAGUCAUUCCUCCAGCUCCUGCCACCGCAAAGGACGGUGGACUCCGAGCAUGGCUCCAAGUUCUUGGCUGUUGGCUGGUAUUCUUCAAUGUCUGGUAUGCCUCAAGCCAUUUCUGUUUUUGUCUCCUAACGUUGACCAUGGUUUCUGAAGGGGCUUUACCUUUGCCUUUGGCUUGUUUCAGAACUAUUACGAAAUGGUUCUCUUGCCAGAUAUGCCGCCUUCAGCCAUUUCAUGGGUGGGCACCGUUGCCUCUUACCUCCUCAUCCUCACUGGUGUCAUAUCAGGCCCACUAUUUGACCUGGGGUAUUACAGGAUUAUGCUGUUUGGUGGAGCCGCAGCAUCGACAUUUGGCACCAUGAUGUUGUCCCUCUCCUCGCAGUACUACUCAAUCAUUCUCUCGCAGGGCAUUCUAAUGGGCCUCGGCUGCGGCGUCUUGUAUAUCCCUGGCCUCGCCUUAGUGAGCCGAAGCUUUACCAAAAGACGGCCUAUGGCUUUGGGAAUCGUCACUUGCGGCGCCCCUGUCGGUGGUAUCAUCUAUACCAUUAUCUUCAACUCGUGUAUUGACUCUAUCGGCUUUGGCUGGACCGUUCGCGUCAUGGGGUUCAUCAUGUUUGCCUGCUACGCUGCCGCCUUCCCUUUGCUACUUUGGAAUACCGGCAACACCGGCGACAUUUCGAGUGGCACGGCAAGGAAAAUCUUCGACAAGAAGGCUUUUGCCGACAUUGGCUUUUGGUUGUAUACGUGGUCUAACUUCUUCAUAUUUUGUGGCUACCUAGUACCAUUCUUUUACAUGCCCAGUUUCGCAGAAACCAGGAUCGGAAUGUCGAGGUCUCUUGCUCUGUAUUCUAUUGCCAUUGCUUCCGGUGUGUCGGUGUUUGGCCGACUGGUAGCCGCCUAUGCCGCUCAAAAGGUCGGAGUUAUGAUUCCCUGGAUCGUCUGCGUCGUCUUGUCAGCAAUCAUGUGUCUUGUCUGGAUCGCCAUCGAAACCCAGCAGUCUUUUCUCGCGUUUGCCGCUCUAUACGGUGGUUUCUCUGGUGCUCUGAUCCCACUCCCACCCACUAUCUUCCCCGUGGUAUGCCCUGAUCCCAAAGUUCUAGGAGCUCGACUCGGUAUGGCACAGGCAAUUGGAGCCUUCGCAUCGCUGAUCGGAAGUCCAAUAGCCGGAGCUCUGGUUAGGGGCAACGAUGACACCAAUCCCAGCUAUUUGGGACUCCAGCUGUUCUGUGGAAUUAUGAUGCUGUUCGGCAGUUGUCUUCUCGGCUGUCUGUGGCUGUUUUUGGUCAGAAGAAGAACCCACACAAUCUGGAUCUGAAGCAGAUACAACACCACAGUCUGGCCGCAAUCGUCGCCAUCACUCUACACCUCUCUCUAAUCACCCGGAAUCCGCAAUUCCAUGUGGCUCAUCUUUGACACCGGAUUCGCCAUGCUGAGCAUCUGAGGACCAAGACCUGGGGACGCGGUUCAAAGCAUAUUUGCUAAUUUUUCGGACUUCCGACACUCGACAAAUCAAAAGAUGGGCAUGAUACCAGAGAUCCGGUUCUUGUUCACCCACAUGUAAAAACGUGGCAAAAUGAUUUUUGCAGAGGCUGCAACCCUACCUGCAUCUCUACCUGUAUCAAUUUCAUCAGCGAGCAUUGUUUAGCCAGCAACACUUGAUACCCCGGUAGAGGACCUCAUCGAAUUUUCAAAGGCCUUCACUUCCACCAUCGAUCGAAUCAGCAUCUCCGCUCCGACCUUUCGAGCGCACCGAUUCUCUCGUCAACCCAGGGUUGUACAGCGUCGCUCCGGUUGUGUCAAGUCGAUUCUCGGCCGAUACGGACGAAACAAGACCCCAAACGUUUCCGUAUUCAACGAUCCUCCCAAGUAACGAAAAUGCAGCGUAAUAUGGGAGCAGAGGCCUCUCCAGCCUUGGGAUCUGUUGAGGGAGAGGAAUGCACCCUCGACAACGGCCUGGGCAAAGACGAUCUCUGCGAAGGCGCCUUUGCCCACAACGGAUGGGAUAGCGAGGUCGAUUCCCGCAGCAGUGGGGACAGCAGCGGGGACAUGCGCAUCAGCGCGCAGAUGACUCUCUCUUUGUUUACCAUCACCUCCCAACUGUUGGCCAUGAUAAGGAACCCACGAGUCAGGAUGACUUUCCUACAACAGGAUAUGAGAAAGCGGUUGCCUUGGCAUUUGAGGAGGGUGCCGAGAGAUGGGUACGCAAAGUACGAGUCCAGAACAUAUUUUCGGUCACUGGACACAAUUGUUGAGGAACUGGAGGAAGAAUGAACAGGUGAAAGCGGAGCAUGUUGUACGGGGAGCAAGACACUGAGCGCAUGCCGAAAACGGCGCCUGGAAAGCUGGAUGAAGUGGUUGUGCAUAGCUGCAAUCGCUGAGUUCUAUACAAUAAGUCGGACAGGCCUCUGAGAGGACGAACCAGGCAGCCCUGGUGAGACGUCAUACAAUGGAACCAUUGCCAAAGCUUGGAUGAUGCCGUGUUCCAAAGAAUCUUGUUAAGCGUUUCUCUUGGGAAAUUUCUUC